AUUGGUGAAGCUGCCAGCCGGGAAGAAAUUCUUACCGCUGCCCAUUUCAUUUAAUCUCUUCUCAUUACUUCUCUCCAUCUCCUGUCAGCCCUAAAGGAGAGAAGGGAGGAAGCUGUCGAGGGUCUUUUGGGGGCUGGGGGGAGCAGGCUCCCCAGGUGUAAACUUGGAAAGCCAGCCUCCCUCUCUUUCUGCCAUGGAGAAACCCACUUGCAAUUCGACUCACAGCAAGAAGGCGAUCCAGCCUCUUCGUUAUCUUAGCCGAGCGGAAGCCACAUCUAUUGAGAAGGAGCUGCUAGAAGAGUUUAAAUUUGGACAUCAGCAGUUAAUUGAGAUCUGGGGUCAUGCAUCUGCCAUGGCAGUGACCAAGGUUUUCCCCCGGCAGUCUCUCUCAAAGAAGCAGCCGACACUGCUGGUGAUCUGUGGUUGUGAACAGAAUGGGGCAAUUGGCCUGGUAUGUGCCCGACAUCUGCGUGUAUUUGAAUAUGAGCCAACCAUUUUCUAUCCCAAAAAGUCUUCUAAUCCUCUCUAUAGAGAUUUCACCACACAAUGUGAAAAGAUCGACAUUCCUUUCCUUUCCUACUUGCCAACAGAGGUUCAGCUAAUCAGUGAUGCAUACAACCUGGUGGUUGAUGCCAUGCUUGGCGUAGAAGACAGCCUGGGGGAACUGUCCGAGCCCUACUGCACAAUCUUGGCCACUCUCAAACAAAUUCGGAUUCCUCUUGUCAGCCUGGAUGUCCCAUCAGGUUGGGAUGUGGAGAUGGGCAGCAGUGACGGCAUCAGCCCCGAUGUUCUGGUCUCCUUGGCGGCCCCAAAGCAAUGUGCCACGAGAUUUAUGGGCAAGCACCACCUGGUGGCUGGGCGCUUCCUCCCCUACGAUGUGCAGAAAAAAUUUGAACUGAAUUUGCCAGAAUACCCUGGCACAGAGUGUGUGGUUUCUCUGUAGAACAGGGGUGUCCAACCUUGGCAACUUUAAGACUUGUGGACUUCAACUCCCAGAAUUCCCCAGCCAGCCAUGGGGAAUUCUGGGAGUUGAGGUCCACAGCUCUUAAAGUUGCCAAGGUUGGACACCCCUGCUGUAGAGCUUGGAAUCAUCCAGCAGUUUGUGGCUUCUGGAUAUCUUGGCCCUGCUGAGAACUCCCUGGUUUGCUUCUCUUGAAUAUCAAAAUGAGAUCCCCAGUAUUAAUUAGUUCCAUAUCUAAGCUUUGGAAUGUAUAAUAGUAUUGUUUAAUCUAUUGUAAAAAAUCUGGCAAAACCAUUUGGAAGAAACGGAAUGCUCAGACAACUGAGCCACCUAAUGGCACCCUUCUGGAAAACGUGAAUUAAAAGACACAUACAUAAAUUCCUCUUCAAAUAACUGUUAUGAAACCCAGUAAAAUUCAAGCCAAUUUUUUUUUUAUAAUCUGCAAGUAAAGAUAUGGAAAAAGACUUUUGCUUCCAUCUAGUGAUCAUUUUAUUUUUUUGCAAAUAAAUUUGAGGCUCCCAGAAUAGUUCUUACAAACCUUGUGAAUAGCGCACAAUGUAAAGGACCUAAUUUAUCUGGAGUUUUUAAAGGCUUUCCAGAAAUGUCCCUCGGUUGGGCAAUCUCGGGAUAAUCCGCAUCUGUUUACAUCUGUAAACUCUCCCCAAAAUAUGGAAAUAUUUUUUGUACACAACCUUAAUGUGCGUGGUUUGUAAUGGAAUUUCCCAGAGAAACACUUUGUUAACACAAAUGUUCCUGAUGUCACAUUUGUAAACUUUUCCCAAUACGAGCUUUUCAAACAUAAAUAUCACAGAUGUGAGCUCUUCUUGUCUUCUUUUUUAGACAAAACAAAACUCCUUUUUGUAUAGAACUUACUGAAUUUCACAGUUGGAAGUUUAACUGUGGGAAAGCUGAUUAAGACCACAACCAACAAAACAUCCAGCACCAAGUCAAGUUGAGCAAAGCAAGAAGCCAUUAAACUGUGCAAAAAGUAGGAAAAGGAAGCUCUGGAUUUAAAAUGAAAUGAGUAUGAGAGAGAAACUGCAUUCUCCCACAGAGAGAGGCAACCAACCGCUUAUUUUGGUAUUCAAUAGAGAUUCUUGUCUAGAUGCAACUUUGUCAAGCUUUGAGUAGCUGCUGCCAAAACUGAGCCAGAGAGUGUAAAUUUUCCUCAAGAGCUUACAAGGGUUGUUGUUGGAGCGAAUGUAAUGUGUGCUUUCUUGAAUUGUACAAAUAAUAAAGUUGGGGUAUGGAGUAA